AUGACGCCUAAACCUAACACCAUAUCUAACUCUUCGUCUUCGGGUUCCCCAACUGUACCAUCCAACAACUGUCCUCAAAACGAUCUUCCAGUCAAAGCAUUGGAUGCUUCUACAGUUACAAAGGACGCUAAACCUGACUCCCCCACCAUGCCGAAACACACAAAUACUCCUCUAUCCAACCCUUUCAUGGAGCGAAUGCUUCGUAUACACCAAGACCUCAUCGCCACGGGUCUGUACUUGGGCGAGAACAACGUUGACUACAACAUCUCGGACAGAGUUCUCUGGACUCACGAUCCUCUCGCUGGAGGAAAUACGAAAACGAACAUUCUCGUCACCAAAGACUCGUACAACGCAUACACCGAAGCUCUUGAAGUGGCGGAGGAGACCGAUGACAAUGUGACCAUACCCGCUCUUCAACUCGCCAAGCUUUCAGCCGUUGUGACAAUAAGCGAUGACAACUUCUUCUUGAAUCCAUUUGCUGGGUACACAGCUGAAAAUUGGACUAGCGAUAUUACCAAAGCCGCUCGCAUCAAAUUUCGAGCUGUUGCACCCCCUGCUCGUAAUAUAUUCUCAAAUGACUUCCCCACUGUUAUCGCCAACGUCAAUAAAAUUACACGUGCGGCGGAAGAAAAGAAGACUAUUCGCACCGGAUUUGUCGAGACAGUUCAUGGUGCUGGUCAUGGAUCUAUGGACAUCCAACAACGACUAGAAUUUCGCCAUGACCUCCUUCGUAGCACGGAAUCACACUCUCACACUGGCUGGCUACCAGCAAUCAACAUCAGAGAGGAAUGGCCAGACAUCAAUGCCGUCGCAAAUGAGAAGUUGGAUAUGUUGGGUAGUGACUGGUACAUGGAACCACUUCAUGUUCGAACAAAGAACGGCGAAAAAUUGCUUCCCAACAAGUAUGCUGACCUGAAGAACGCCGUGGCCAAGAUUACAUUCAGCCUGCAACACCACGCUAUGGGUUUCGGGACGCGCGGUCCUAACGACUCCUAUGCUGCCUUGGUGGACGAAAUUGACAUCGUGAAAGAGUCUGUGACUGUUGGGCUGAAGAGAGAACACACAGCGGGGAGCGACAGCGGUCCAUCUCAAAAGAAAUUCAAAGUAUGA